AUGUUCAACCAAGUUACUAGACUAGCCACCAGAAGAGCCUUCUCUGCUACUGUCAAGCAAUCCAGUCAUUUCCAAGAAGGUGUUUACUCUAACAUCCCAGUUAAGAUCCACAACAGAAAGAUCCCAUACGCUUUUGUGCACUUUGGUUUCUUCGCUCUAGGGUUUGCUGUGCCAUUCAUCUCUUGUUACGUGCAAUUGAAGAAGUUCGGUGCCUUCUAA